AUGGGCUCCGUGCUGCCCGGCUCCUCUGUGGGCCUGAAGUCGGUGUUUAAGCCGCAGCAGCCGCUCUCUCUCGCGGACAUCAUCACGUCGGACAUCCUGCACAGCUUCCUGUACGGCCGCUGGAGGCACGUGCUGGGCGAGCAGCACCACCAGCACGUGCCUCACCUGCAGCAGCACCACCUGAACCUGCACGAGGACCGCACCGCGCCGAGCGCGAGCCCCAAGACCGCGUUCACCGCCGAGGUGCUCGCGCAGUCCUUCUCCGGAGAGGUGCAGAAGUUGUCGAGUCUGGUUUUACCGAGUGAGGUGAUCAUCGCUCAGAGUUCAGUCCCAGGAGAAGGUUUGGGUAUUUUCUCUAAGACGUGGAUCAAAGCAGGAACAGAGAUGGGACCGUUCACCGGACGCCUCAUCUCACCGGAACACAUCGACCAGUACAAGAACAACAACCUCAUGUGGGAGGUGUUCAACGAGGACGGGACCGUCCGGUACUUCAUCGACGCCAGUCAGGAGGACCAGAGGAGCUGGAUGACUUACAUCAAGUGUGCACGGAACGAGCAGGAGCAGAACCUGGAGGUGGUUCAGAUCGGCAGCAGCAUCUUCUACAAGGCCGUGGAGACGAUCCCUCCGGACCAGGAGCUGCUCGUCUGGUACGGGAACUCUCACAACACCUUCCUGGGGAUCCCAGGGAUCCCUGGAGGAGACGAGGAGCAGAGCAAGAAGACCAAGACGGAUGAGUUCCACACCUGUGAAGGCUCCUCUUCCUCCUCCUGCUCCUCCUCGUCCUCCUCCUCCUCUUCCUCCUCCUCCUCCUCCUCCUCCUCCAUCAGUCUGGGUCGUAUGCGUUGCGUCAUCUGCCACCGUGGGUUCAACUCCCGCAGUAACCUCCGCUCUCACAUGCGGAUCCACACGCUGGACAAGCCGUUCGUGUGCCGCUUCUGUAACCGCCGCUUCAGCCAGUCGUCCACGCUGAGGAACCACGUGCGUCUGCACACCGGAGAGAGACCCUACAAGUGUCACGUGUGCCAGUCGGCCUACUCGCAGCUGGCCGGUCUGAGGGCGCACCAGAAGAGCGCCCGGCAUCGACCCUCCGGGGGCGCCGGAGCGGGGGGGACGGUGCACACUGCUCACUCUCCUCCCGCUGCUCUUCCUCCUCCUCAUCCUCACCCACCACAGCUCACCUCCAUGCCUCACCCAGCCUCACUGGUGCACCACAUCCCCACCAUGGUGCUGUGAUCGGGGGAGGGGAGAGAGAGAGACAAACAGACAGACAGAUGAUCUAAACAUGACAUGAAUGAGACGAUCAGACGUUUGUAUUAUUUACAUUAUCAGCAUGCUUCACGGUUCUUCAUUCAAACACUGAGACUCAUGAUGACUCAUGAAACUGUUGCAUGAUGGGAUGCAGCGUUCAGCCUGUGACUCUGGUAUAAAUGUCUGUGAGACGAUGAUGUCGUGCUUUGGUCUGCAUGCGAAAGGUUCUGUUAAAGCGUUGUGACCUUUGUGUGUUAUAAACUGUGAGGAACUACAGUCUGAAGCAUCUUCACAGGAAUCCACUGAGCUUCUGCUAGAUCGUCCUAUUGGUCAGGCAGUACCAUGCUAACAGGUUAGCAUACAUGAUGCUAAAGCUCCAACUGCAGUACAAACCUUCACACCUGGAAAAGGUUUUAUAUCUGGUUACUAAGGGAUAACCCGUGUUAAGUGGAGUAAAAUGUCAGUCACACCAAAUUUCGCUGAAAAAUCUUGUUGACUUUUUGAUUCAUGCGCUAACUAGCGAAACUGUUCCAAAGAGUUCAAAAUGGAGGAAGCUAAAGUAUCAAGAGUUCACUUUAACGAAGCUGCUCCAGAGUACAAACCUGGUUUACACACAGUUACUAAUGUGACUCUUGAAAUUAUUGUGGCACUAGCAUUCAAACUUGCUAGUUUGUUAGCAGGCUAGCUAGCUUGGAGUGCUAGUAGGUCUGUCUGUGGGUCCACAUCACACGCCCUGGAAAUGGUUGCUGCUCGUUUAGGUUCACAAAAAAACUUUAGCUGCAGAAACGUCUUGGUUAGAUUUAGGAGAACAUUGUGGUUUGGGUUAAAAUAAUUUGUGUGGAUCCCAGAAGUUAUCUCAGAGGGCGUGUCGUGUAGUAAAGUUGACAAGGUUGACAGACAGACCUGUCUCACCAUAUCCAGUAGCCACGAUGUCGCUAAGCUAAUGCGACUUCUAACACAAAAUAUUUCAGAAGGAAACA